UAUGCAACACUGGGUAAACCUGGAGGUGCAAUCCCUGGUCAGAUCAUCUGAACGGCACAAUAGCGAUGCACGACCCGUAUCAUACAUAUCAAAUUCCCCCCCAUCUGGAGUCUUAUCGUGGUAAAAGCACAUAAAUCCUGAAUUUUGAGGUUGUGUAGCAUCCUCGUUCAUUGCCCCAUACAAGUCGACUGUGACAGCCGAUGGGCUUGCUUUUUAUCAUUGCCAGAUGCCUUACAUCGGCCGUUGCCGCCUUAAACUUCGAAUCGACCUCGUACCGUAUCCUUGGUUGCGGUCUCGUCGUUGCGCUCAUCGCGGAAGACAUGACAGUUUCUCACACUGGGACCGGCCAUUUUGACUACCUCUUUGGCAGCACCCUGGGUAUUGCUGUACUGGACACCAUCCGGUUUUUGCUAUUGGCGCGACCCCUGGAGGAGUAUCGUCAUGAAACAGACGAGGUCCCUGCGUAUCAGUUGCCGUACAUCCAGAGAUUUUUCUGGCUCAUGAGUAUCUCACCCAGGGGUAUCGGGUGGUCAUUCAAGGCCGACCACAGUGUGCCCUCUGUUGAACCACAUCAUCUGACCCGAGGGGCAUUCGUCACUUCGCGGUUGCGUCGCACAUUCGCUUAUUACCUUCUCUUUGAAACUGCCCAUCUGUACAUUCGUUGUAACCCAGUUUUCUCCUCUGAGGAACCUCUCUUUUCGCAAGGGUAUUUUCUGGGUUGGCUUAACACCGUGGCGAUACCUGGGAGCGUCUACGCAGGUCUCAAUUGGACUUAUUCCCUAUCGGCUGUGAUCUUGGUGGGAUCUUCUCUCCAUGAGCCACGUUCAUGGCCAGUUCCUUUCGGGAAGUGGAAAGAUGCGUAUACCAUUCGAAGGUUCUGGGGACGGACCUGGCAUCAAUUCCUUCGAUCCACCCUCACUCUCUUUGGUCCUCACCAGCAGAAACGUCGUCCUUGGGAUCGUGAUUCUUCAUCGGAUUCUUCGAACCCCAAGCUAAAGGAACGUGAGCCAUGGGUAAAAUUAUAUAUCAGGCUCUGUAAUGCUUUCCUUUGCUCCGCAUUCAUACACACGUGCGGGGAUGUCGUGCUCCAGUUCAAAAUAUGGGAAAAUCCCUUACCCAGUACCAGUCCUCUUCAGAGGGUGAGCCACCCCAACAUUAUAGGAUUUUCCAUUCGAUUCUUUUUGCUGCAACCUCUUGGUGUGCUAGUGGAGGAAGCCAUUAUGGAAGCAGGGAAACGGCUAGGAUUGAGGAAGGGGAUGUGGGUGAAGGCGAUCGGAUACCUGUGGGUAUCGCUAUGGAUAAGCUAUUCCGCGCAUUUCUUAAUUCAGGAUCUCAAAAACGCUAUUCUUACCGCAUAUCCUGUGCCGGAAGGUAGAGGAGCGGGAGUUAGCGUAACUGUGCUUGAAAGAGUUGCUAACAAGCUAUUUGGUAUAGACCUUGCAGCCGCAAUCAGGUCUUGGUUGGUGGAGUGA